AUGGCCCUCCAACUUCCCAACCGUGAACAUGUUGUGAACUUUGGUUACAAACUAGGGACCUUUAUGACCCCUUCCAUAUUCUUUCGUUCCCAGGUCCUUCUCAACUUCGCCGCCUUGUCGAGGUGCGGCUACCAGGGGCUCCGACUCCACGUCACGGAGAACGAACGCAGCGGCAUCGACCGCUUCAGCACCCGCUUCUGGUCCAACCACGUGAACAUGACGGAGGAGGGCCGCGUGGCCGCCUUGAACUUGGUCAUUGGGAGCCGAGGAGUAGCGGUGAUCGGUUCCCUUCAUAGCGCGUGGAUGAAGCUUCAACCGGCCUUCAUGAUGGCGCAUCAACGCAAGGUGGUGUUGGUGGUGGGCCUCGCGAGCCAAGACUAUCAGAACUUCGGCUCCCUCUCGGGCUCCGACGCUGGAGCUCAGCAACUGCUGCGGCCCGGAGAGGUGUUCCAAGCUGUUCCGUGGCUUCAGAACGUUGCAAGGCAUCCCAUCUCUUGA